GAUGUCGUAGUGAUACUGUGGAGAGAGGUUUGGACGUUAUUGUUUGUAUCGCAGCAGUAGCAAAGUCGACGGCAGCUGAACCCUAUUUUGGUUAUGUCGUGAUUCACGCUGCUUUUAAUUCGUCCCUCUUCCCCCAAACUCCAAAUGGGUAUCGCAAAGUUUCCAAAUUGAACGCAAAAACGGAAUCAGCGUCCUCAAAUGCCUUCUGGGUCGAUCUUCCUUCGAUCCAGUUUACCAACAUUUCGUUCGCCACUGGGGUGAGGUCUGUGAUUCUAGUGUUGUUUUAGCAUUUUUCCUGGAUGGUAAGGAGUGCAACUUGCAUGCGCAAGUUAGUGAAAAAGCACAAUAAAGGGGAUGGAUCUAAGUCCCUGGCCGAUACACUGGCGAAAUGGAAAGAGUAUAAUGCCUUGCUUGAAUCUAGCAACGAGGCUGAGAAGCCAGUUAGGAAGGUUCCUGCCAAGGGAUCAAAGAAGGGGUGUAUGAAAGGCAAAGGAGGGCCUGAGAAUUCGCGCUGUAACUACAGAGGAGUUAGGCAAAGGACUUGGGGGAAAUGGGUUGCUGAGAUUCGGGAACCGAACAGAGGGAAUAGGCUAUGGUUGGGUACAUUUCCCACUGCCAUAAGUGCUGCUCUUGCUUAUGAUGAAGCAGCAAGGGCAAUGUAUGGCUCCUGUGCUCGCCUCAACUUUCCCAAUGUUCAAGUUUCAACUUUGUCUGAGGAAUCUUCAAGAAAUUCUCCAGUUGCUAAGCAAACCGGUUCUGCUUUGACGAUAUUAGAGAGUUCUGAGUUCUUGGUAUUGCCGAACAACUCUAGGGCAGACACAGCAGAGGAUGAUGACAUGGAAGGCCUUUCCUUAUCCUUAAGUGUGAAACAUGAGGAAGGGGAGGGUGAAUCCGGGUCCGGUUCUUCGUAUCCUUCAGUGUCUUGAUGUAUGUUUUGAACAUUCUGAUCUGGCCAUGGCUAGAUAUGUUAGCGUUCAUAGUGGUGGAUGAUUAGCUUAGGAUGAAUGGAUCUUGAUGUUAGUACCUGGAGAUUAGCUGUUGUAUAACUUGGUUGAAAAGUGUUCCAUUCUUAUGGUAUUGACCUAAUGCAAACUGGAUAUCUGGUCAAGUUGUAACAUGUGAAAUGUAUUUUGCCUUUCAUGAUAGAUGACUCAUUUCUUUUGUGUCUA